AUGUUGGUGAAACAGGAAAUCUCCGCAGGAGAGUCAAUAACCACCGUUGGACCAUUAGAACCAAAAAACUCUACUGUUAAUAUCUUAGCGAGGAGUAAAGAAAGAGACCUAGUUGAACAUUUACAGGAACCUGCAAUCUUGAAGAAAUAUCAGUUAUGUGAUUUACAGUAUUUAGACUUGCUUUCAGUCAAUAGAUACAAAGAUUGUGUAGCCAUACUAAAGAAAAACCCAGGUCGGAAAGGAAAAGAUGGUGUAUAUACAAUUUAUCCGGAUGGAAAAGGGAAGAAGAAAGUGUAUUGUGACAUGACAACAGACGGAGGGGGAUGGACGGCAAUACAAAGAAGACAGGACGGGUCUACAGACUUUUACAGGACAUGGUCAGAAUAUAAACAAGGCUUUGGGGAUCCCUCUAAAAACUACUGGAUUGGAAAUGACGUAAUCUUUGAACUGACAAAGAACAAGGACCAGGAACUCCGGAUUGAACUACAAAGAUUUAAUGGCGCUGAAGCAUAUGCUCAGUAUUCUACAUUUCAUAUCGGAGAUAAAUAUGUCAAUACAAACUCAUUGUGUCGGGGUAUUCAGGAACUGCAG